UUCUUCCCUUAUUUGCUUCAAUGCAAUGUGCCAUCACUCGCUGCAGAUACGAAGAUUUGAAACCGCUGAAAUCUCCUACACCAACUCCUAGCACUGCUUCAAGUCUGAAGGACAUUAACGUAGAUGGUGUCGUGUCAUUAGGAUUGAACUCUGGCAAAGGUUCUGUUAGUGGUGCAAACUGCAAAGAACUAGCAGCAAAGCCUGACGUAGAUGGAUUCCUCGUCUGUGGAGCUUCUCUGAAGCCGGAGUUCAUCGACAUCAUCAAAUCCGCGACCAUGAAAUCAUCUACCUAGAGUGCCACUCUUAAUAUUCAUUAUAUGAAUUUCCAGGGAAGAAACCCUAUUUUCGGUGAUCAAAAUAAUCUAAUUAAAAUUUUUGUUCUACAAAUGUUAUCAGCCUGGAUCUUGUUUGUUCCUAGCAACAAGGCUGCAAUACUGAAUUUUA